AUGGCUAGCAGAGUUGAUAAAGGAAAUGUAACAGAAAACUCAAAACAAUCGAAGAGUAGGCCUAUCUGGAAACCGGCGGCUCGAGGGCAAUGGAAACUUAAAGUUGAUGGAAGCUUCGUACCCCAAAUACCUCAUGGAGGUGUUGGUGGCAUAUUGAGAGAUGAUACAGGGAAGUUCAAAGCUGCUUUCAUAUUCCCUAUUCAAUCAGUUGCCUCAGCAAAGCAAGUAGAACUUUGUGCCAUCAAGGAAGGCCUUGAAAUCUUGAAAGCCUUACAGAUUAGUAAUGUGGUGAUUGAAACGGACUGCCUCGAAGCUGUCUCUGAUAUUGCAGAUAGGCACUUUACUCAUAUUAAUGCAGAAGGCCUCAUUGAUGAUAUUCGAAGUAACCUUGCCCUGUUGUCCAAUGUUUGA